AUGUCUUCGAAGAUUAAAAAGAAGGUGCGUUCCCGCUCUUCGCGCGCCGGCCUACAGUUCCCGGUCGGCAGGAUCCACAAGAUACUGCGGAAGGGAAACUACGCACAGAGGAUCGGCGGCGGCGCGCCGGUGUUCCUCGCCGCCGCCCUAGAGUAUCUCUCCGCCGAAAUACUGGAGCUCGCGGCCGAGGCGGCGAGGGAGAACAACAAGAGCAGAGUAAUCCCGCGCCACAUACUCUUCGCUAUACGGAACGACGACGAGCUAAACAAGAUGCUCACCGGCGUGACCAUAUCGCAGGCCGGCGUGAUGCCCUCCAUCCAGCCGCAGCUGCUGCCUAAGAAGACCACGAAGAGCGCGUCCCAG